UUUUUAUGAAAUGUACAUAAUCAGUACCAAGGACAGGGCGUAAUGUUCGUUAUUGUCAUCACGAAAAAAAUCUGUGUUUGAAUGGACGAAUCAAAAGGGAGUAGAGGAACACACACAACAAAUUGUAGCAGCACUGUCUAAUUAGCAUCUAUAAUGGGGCAAAACGGGCUAUUGGAAUAUCUUUACAUUUACGUUUUUACCUAUUGUUUCUGUUAUGUUUCCAGUUAUAAUUCUAUGCACAGGGUCGCACAUGUCCAACAGUCUGGAGGAAUUCAUGGUCCUGAACGCCUCGCACAACCUGGGAUUUUCCUCGGGCCGAUACGCCUUCAUCUCCGUAGACCCUCUACUGAACUCCGCGGUGGCGAGGCGAUUCCACGCCGUCACCGCCUCAACCACAAACCACACGGAACUCUACCAAUCUUUGCUGACACUAGCGCCGAGUCCACCUCCUCAAACACUGCAAGAAACAACUGGAGAAAGUUGGAUAGAAACCAGGAGAAUGAUACAAGAAGAAGGCAUUAAACAGCACGAGUUGUUUACAUUCUCCAUCUUGUAUGAUUCCGUUAUCACCAUGGCAACGGCGAUCAACAACACCAUGCCUGCCCACCGAGGUGUGGACGGACUGACCAAUGGCACGGCGAUAACGGCGCGCAUGCGCGAGGUGGAGUUUGAGGGGAUGUCAGGGAGGGUGACCUUUGACCGGAAGGGGGAACGAAUGUUUGACUUCGCCCUGCUGCAGCACCCAGUGGAUGGCAAGAGUCCCGAAACGUUGAUUUUGUUGGCAGUAUCAUACCCGGAUGGUGGUACCCUGCAGUACCAAGGUGUUCAGCAAGAUGGAGUUGCUCAGACGGUCCUCCUACCUGCACCAGACCCGGCCUGCAAGUUUGAAGGAUUCUGUGAAAACCCUUCUGGCAAUGAUAGCAUCGUGGUGGUGGGUGUCCUGGUCGGCGUCUUUCUGACAGUUGUAGUCUGUGUGGUCUCAGCAGUGCUCUUCAGUAAGGUGUACGUGAAGAGUCAGAUGAGAGACAGUAAGCUGUUACUGGUGGUGGGAGACCUGGUGUUCGUCAACUCUACCAAGACCAGUAGAAUUGAUCUCCAUGGACAGGGUCUGAGACACAGCCUCGCCAUCAGUUCUGCUCAAAGGAGUCAGCCUGGGUGCUCAGAAUAUGGCGACAUUACUUCACCCAUAGCACGAUACAAGGGAGAGCUAGUGUGGCUGAAGCGGAUGCCUCUGCGUGAUCUGGUGGCCAACAGCAGGGUUAUGAAAGUGCUCAAGCAGAUGCGUGAUCUGCACAAUGAAAAUGUGAAUCCGUUCAUGGGUUGCUACACAGAACCAGGGAACCAGGGGAUAGUCAAUGAACACUGUUCCAGGGGAAGCUUAGAGGAUCUGAUCCGUAAUGAAGAAAUGCAGCUAGACUGGGUGGUGAAACAGUCAUUAUUGACGGAUUUGGUGAGGGGGAUGAAGUACCUACACAGCAGUCCCAUCCAGGUCCAUGGCAGGUUGAACUCUCGCAACUGCCUCAUUGACGGACGCUUCGUCCUGAAGAUUUCCGACUACGGCCUACCCGAUAUUCUGGCAACACAGAAGGAGAGCCGCAAAGAACACAAGGAGGAGACAGAAAGAAGUGCAAAAGAACUCUUGUGGACUGCACCAGAGCUGCUGAGAGACCCUGUGCUGAGAAAGGCCGGCACACAGAAGGGUGACGUGUACAGCUUUGCCAUCAUCUGUCAGGAAAUCAUCCUCAGGGGCCCGCCUUUCUGCAUGCUCAGUCUUUCUGCUGAAGAGAUCAUAGCCAAGGUGAAGAAGCCUCCUCCUCUGUGCCGGCCGUCAGUCACAAUAAGCUCCGCCCCCCAGGACUUCAUCAACAUGAUGAAACAGUGCUGGACCGAGUCACCCGACAUGCGCACAGAUUUCAACCAACUGUACGAAGAGCUCAAAAUAAUCAACAAGGGGAACAAGAUCAACAUCGUGGACAACAUGUUUAAGAUGCUGGAGCAGUACUCCUCUAACCUGGAAGACAUGAUUCUGGAGAGGACCAAGGCACUGGAUGAGGAGAAGAAGAAGACUGAGGAGCUUCUUAGUCAGAUGUUGCCAAGUUCUGUGGCUGACAAUCUAAAGCGAGGACUGCCCGUGAAACCAGAAGCAUUCUCUGAGACAACCAUCUACUUCAGCGACAUCGUCGGCUUCACCACCAUCUCAGCCAUGUCUGAACCCAUGCAGGUCGUUGACCUCCUGAACGACCUCUACACGACCUUUGAUGACGUCAUACGGAACUACGAUGUCUAUAAGGUUGAGACUAUUGGUGAUGCCUACAUGGUUGUGUCAGGUUUACCUGUACGGAACGGUAACAAGCACGCAGGCGAGAUCGCGACCAUGUCCCUGGACAUCCUCCACGCAUCGGGCAAGUUCACCAUCAGGCACAUGCCGGACGUCCCACUCAGGAUACGCAUAGGAUUACACUCAGGACCUGUAGUGGCCGGGGUUGUUGGCAUCACUAUGCCGCGGUAUUGCCUGUUUGGUGACACCGUCAACACAGCGUCGCGCAUGGAGUCCACAGGAAUGCCCUUCAGGAUACACAUGAGCCAAACCACCAUGUCAAUACUGCACCAACUGGGGGAGUAUAAAUUUGAGCCUCGUGGAAAAGUUCUACUGAAGGGCAAAGGCCACAUGACAUCAUACUGGUUGACUGGAAAGGACAACUACGACAAGGAGCUGCCUGACCCUGGGGUGGACAAUGGAGACAACCAUGGUCUCGACGUCGUGCUCAACGCAGACCAACUGACUCGCCCGUGGUUACGACCAGACAACAGUAAAAACUCAACUGACGAGAGCAUAGAACCAGCGGCGGAUCUUAACAGUCAAGAACAUCACACAGACAAGGCACACGGAGAAAAACUCGCCGUGGAAGACAUCGCAGAAGAAACAACAACAGAAAAAAUAAACAACCAAACCGACAGUGACAAUACACAAGAAACUGACGCAAACACAGCACAACCAAACCUCACUGCUGAAGGCAUUGCAGGUGAAACGCGGGCAGAAAAAAUAAACAAGAAAACAGAAAGCGAAAAUACAGAAGAAACUGAUCCAGCUUCACAUUUGGCAGAAGCUGAGAGCUCCAAAUGCAUCCAUGCAACUUCUACAGCAGAUUGCAACGAUUGCAAGACUUUGAACACAUUACAGAAAGAACUUGAAGCAAUAGAGAACAACAGUUGUAACAAAGAUGAAUCGGGCAAAACGAGCGAGCCGGAAAACCAACGGAACUCGUACUCCAGUGGGGACAGCUCUGACUCUGGAAUAGCAUCAGGAAAAUCAGCACAAGUGUCAAUAGACGUGGGCUAAAAAUGUCACUUUUUUGGCAACACCACAGGGGUGGAGGCAUUUCAGACACAAUGUGCAAUGAAGGUGACUUGGAACUACCAAUUUGUCAACUUGUUUUGUUGCAGCAGAAAUUGGUAAAAGAAUUGUGAAUAUGUAUAAUGUGUAUAUAUGGCUGUGAAAUAAACUACCUUGGCAAUAAAAUAGCAAGGGGAAGAUAGUAGAAGCAAUCAUAUAUGCCAGAGGUGUAUAUUGUAAGUGGAGUUGCCUUAGCUACACUUUGCCGCUAUAUAUCUGCACAUGCAAAGAUUUGUAACACUCAACUCAUAGAGAUCAAUAUGUGAAUUAUAACUUAAAACAAAAUGGAGAUAGAACAGUUUGUUUUUGUGAUAUAAACUAUUUUCUGGGCUAGGAAACAAACAGGGACAUACAGGGUAAUUCUCAAAGUCUUCUAUCCCUUUGACCUUUCCAUGGGUCUCACUGCAUGCUGGGAGACGCAGGGCACUAUGGGUAGAACACAUACAGAUUGUCAUGGAAAUGAUUUGCUGUCCCUUGUUGUACUACCCAUAGUGCCCUGCAUCUCCCAGAAUCGGUGGCAUGUUGUAAGUACCUGAUAUAAAAUGUAAGUAGGAAAGUUGUACAUUCAAGAAGAUCGUAAGUUAGUGACUAAUACAAACACAUGUUCCACAAUAAUUGGAAGAAUUACAUUUAUAUGUACUUGCAUGUAACCGUGUUGUUGUGUUAGAUAUAUAUAUAUAUUUUGUCAUAUUUGUAAAUCAUAAUAUAAAAUCAUAGAUAUUAAUAAAGAUCUUCUUCCACUUGUGGACUGUAUUUCAAACUUGUAAGAUAAUCAUUAAUGUAUAUGCAUAGAUAGUACAAACAUUCAAUUUUAUUCAAAGAUUGCUCUGUAUAGAAAUAAUCUAUUUCAAAUAAAUAAACUGAAUUUUUUUCUGUAUGCCUGCCUCAUUUUGACUUCUGUACAUCUUUUGUAUGUUACUAAGUGUAUUUUCUGGCUUGUGCAAAAUUAACAUGGGGCAAUGUUUCUUAGUUGGAAUAAUACCUCCACCCCAGAGGCAUUGCCAAAAACAAGCAUCACCUAAGUUCCCUACAUUCCAAAGACUAGGACAAUUCAUCAACCCCUGUAAAUGUAUUUUCAUUCAAAGUCUAAAACCAAAGUAUUCUUUCAAUUCCACAAAAGCCGCUAGGGGGGCCCAAAUAUACCACUUUCUCUCUACCCCAAGAGAUAGCUACCAAUAAAAAUUCAAGAUGGUCCUAUAAGCAUGUCCGGAUCAAGAUACCAAAACUGGAGGUCUUGCUGUAGUACAGUUAAAGCCACUAGGGGGCCCAAAAUCUAAUCAUUAUUAGGUCUCAUCAAGACGUACCCACAUACCAAAUAUUGA